AUGUUAGUUAAGUUCAGUAUCAUUUUUAUUCAGGUUGAAAAAAGUAAGAGGCUGUUCCUUAAAUAUUUGGAUCAUUUGCGGGUGUUUGUUGACACCAACAAAGUCCUGAAAUUGGCGUUGAUAACGGAACGUGACAACCCAAUAAUUUCAAAGCAUUUUCAAAAACGAGAAACAGCAGUAAAAGAGCUACUGACAACUUUUGAUCCUGUGGAAGGAGAAAUUGAUCUAUUAUGGGCAUUCAACAACGUCGAGGAAUGUCAAAAAUAUAUUGAUUAUGUCAUUAAAUUAAUGACCUUUCCUUGGAAACACAUCGAAACAACCUUGUGUGAUCCCAACUGCGAACGAAUAUUUGCUAAUUUUCGGGCAAUAAUUAGGAUCUUAAAAAUUGAAACACCCGAUGGCACGCAAAGUUUCUUUGACGAGCUUUCACCUGUUAAAUCAGACCCUGAAGAGAAUCCAGAUCCGAAGAAGACCAUUGAAAAUUUUUACAUAAGAACUGGUCAACUGUAUUAG